UUGAGUAUUUUUUUAUGAGAAGUUUUGAAGUAGUUUAAGAAGUUCUGAUCAUUUUUCUUUCCAUAAGAGCAAAAUCUGUACAUUAUUCCAAACUUUUGGCCGCCAGUUUAUAUCCUUUUCUGUUGUGGUCAUCUGACUGUAUACAAAAGAGAAAAGCAACAUUGGCUGCAGAUGCAUUACUAAUAAUGACUUGUGGCUGUGUGGUAAGACGUGGGAGGGGCUUCAGAAUAUUCAACUUUUUCAGCUUUUGAGGCGUGCUCUUUAUUGAUUCCCCUCUAAAUUUGGGAGUGAAGGUGAAUCCGAGGGUCCUCUCCGCGUAAUGUUGCUUUUUUGAACGAGCAAUUAUUUUCCUAUACGGAGUUUUUCGGUGAACAAGGCAACUCAAGGCUUUUCAUCUAUUUUCUGUGAAGAAGAAUGGCUUGCCCGUGCGCGCGCUCCCACCAGCAUGGCAAGAAAAGAGCGGAGAGCGCGCGCGCCCGACAGAAUGUGACCAUUUCAGUUAUUAUGUUGUUUUUUGGAACGCUUCUUCCUUACGCGCUCACAGCACACUUGGCUGUCAUAUCCCCCCAGGACACAGUUCUUCACAUCGGCUCGAGUUUGACUGCGGUGUGCACGGUUACUGCCGAGCUGGAAGUAACAGCUAGAUCUUUGUACUGGACUCUGAAUGGAAAACGAUUGGCUAGAAGUACUUACAGGGUGCUGAGUCCAACUGAAUUGAGUGUCACACUUCAUCAACUCAAUGGAUCCUUGCAGCAAUCAGGAGACAAUCUGGUUUGCCACCGAAGUAAUGGAGAAGUGUUGGCUGGAUCGUGCCUUUAUGUUGGCUUGCCCCCUGAGAAACCUGUCAACCUGACAUGCUGGUCACAAAACACCAAGGAUCUCAGCUGCAAAUGGAGACCAGGGGGUCAAGGAGAAAUGUUCAUCAAUACCAAAUACACCCUCAAGUACAAACUAAAAUGGUACGGUAAAGAGAAGGAUUGCGAGGACUACACGGGACAGCCGUACACAUGCUACAUUCCUGGAGAUUUGGCCAUUUUUACGCCAUAUGAGAUCUGGGUGGAGGCGUCGAAUCAGCUUGGCUCUGCCACUUCUGACAUCAUAACUUUAGACAUUUUAGAUGUGGUAACUACAGACCCUCCUCCUGAUGUCCAUGUGAGCCGUGUUGGAGAUCUAGAGGAUCAGUUAAGUGUCCGAUGGGGAAAUCCUCCUGCCCUCAAAGACUACCUGUUUCAGGCCAAGUACCAGAUUCGAUAUCGUCUGGAGGAGAGUGAUGAAUGGAAGGUAAUAGAUGAUGCUGGGAACCAGACAUCUUGUCGGUUAGCGGGUCUCAGGGCCGGUACAGUUUAUUUCGUCCAGGUGCGCUGCAACCCAGUCGGUAUCUACGGCUCCAAGAAGGCAGGCAUCUGGAGCGACUGGAGCCACUCUACGGCUGCUUCAACACCUGGCAGCGAAAGGGCACAUGGUGGCUCAUGUGAUUCCAAGACCAGCGAGCAGAACUCAACACUACGAAGGGAACUAAAGCAGUUUUUCGGCUGGAUGCGAAAACAUGCCUACGGCUGCACGGACGUCAGCAUCAAACUCUAUGACCAAUGGCGCGUCUGGCUACAGAAAGCCCAUAAAACACACGACCAGGUCGGUACUACAAAGCGGUAAAUCAUAGCGAAACUCCAAAGAAGGCUUGCGGGGGCCUGUGACGACACAGUUUUUAUCACUCUCCAGUGCUUGGGACAUUUUGUUUGGAUGAGCCAAGAUUGUCUGAAGGAACCCGCAAGGAACUGCAGUUUGCUGACAUGAUCUACUGUUUGCCUCCUGCUGUAGUCCCUAGCAUAAAAUGUCAAAGGAAGUGCUUUUGUCUCAGACAUAUUUAUAAGGGCAUUAAAAUACAAAAGAAAUAGACUCAAAAUGGUGAGAAACAUCUUAAAAUCUAACGUUAGGAAAUUAAACCUUUCUGAGGAUUCAUAGGCUUCUUUCAGACAUGCAGCACAAAUUUUACGGUUACAUUUUUUUGGCGUAUUUGACUCAAAUCUGUUUUGUUAUAUGUAGUCUGAACGAAUAAAAAAAAAUGUCAAGUCUAAUCCAAACCACAUCCAUCUGUGGUAGGAAUCUGAUUAAAAUCUGACUUUUGGAAAUGCGUUUCAGUCUGAACAAACAGAUUAGAUUUCAAGUAGUUUUUUUCGUCAUUCGGGAUACGGCGUUAGUGCAAAAGUCAUACCCAACUGUAACGUAUCUAAAUUCAUACAUUUUCAUUCAAAUGUGGUAUUUGCUAUGAAUUGCAAGGUGAAUAGGUGAACAAGCAAGCAGUUUUAGAAAACAUAUACGCGUUAUUGUGUAAAUAGCAUAGUAAUGCCUAUGGUGCGCAUGUUGUCUGAUGCCCUAAUGAAUUCAGCAUUUCGGCGAGUUGGAUAUGAGCAGAACAUUUUUACUUUACCGUCCUCUUUUUCCACAGUGAAUCCUACUCUCUUAUGUUUGUUGGCAUCGUGCUGACAUUUAACUCAUUACUAUUGCAACAGAUGUAACUAUAUCAGAUUUGAAUGAACAAAGCCAUCCAAUCCAACUUUGGAACAGAAAAAAGGAGCAUCACAGAAACUACUCGCAGAAACCCCAUGACAGACUGCAGGAGGAUUUUCGGAAAAGAAAACGACUGAAACAUGG